CUUUCCGCGCGGCGGAAGAACGCGCGCCAGCUUCGGCACACCUGGGCGCCUGAUCCUAGCCCCACGCCUCAUCCCUUACAAGGUCCUCCGAGCCCCGCCGGCUGGUGGGGGAGCGGCCGCCGUCCCUCUCCUGGAGGUCGUCUCCUGGCAUCCUCGGGGCCGCAGGAAGGAAGAGGAGGCAGCGGCGGGAGCCCUGGUGGGCGGCCUGAGGUGAGAGCCCGACCGGCCCCUUUGGGAAUAUGGCGACCGGUGGCUACCGGACCAGCAGCGGCCUCGGCGGCAGCACCACAGACUUCCUGGAGGAGUGGAAGGCGAAACGCGAGAAGAUGCGCGCCAAGCAGAAUCCCCCGGGCCCGGCCCCCCCAGGAGGGGGCAGCAGCGACGCCGCUGGGAAGCCCCCCGCGGGGGCUCUGGGCACUUCGGCGGCCGCCGCUGCCAACGAGCUCAACAACAACCUCCCGGGCGGCGCGCCGGCCGCACCUGCCGUCCCCGGUCCCGGGGGCGUGAACUGCGCGGUCGGCUCCGCCAUGCUGACCCGGGCGGCCGCCGGCCCGCGGCGGUCGGAGGACGAGCCCCCAGCCGCCUCUGCCUCGGCUGCACCGCCGCCCAGGCGUGACGAGGAGGAGCCGGACGGCGUCCCGGAGAAGGGCAAGAGCUCGGGCCCCAGUGCCAGGAAGGGCAAGGGGCAGAUCGAGAAGAGGAAGCUGCGGGAGAAGCGGCGCUCCACCGGCGUGGUUAACAUCCCUGCCGCAGAGUGCUUAGAUGAGUACGAAGAUGAUGAAGCAGGGCAGAAAGAGCGGAAACGAGAAGAUGCAGUUACACAACAGAACACUAUGCAGAAUGAAGCUGUAAACUUACUAGAUACAGGCAGUUCCUAUCUACUACAGGAGCCACCUAGAACAGUUUCAGGCAGAUAUAAAAGCCCAACCAGUGUCUCUGAAGAAGAUGUCUCAAGUAGAUAUUCUCGAACAGAUAGAAGUGGGUUCCCUAGAUAUAACAGGGAUGCAAAUGUUUCAGGUACUCUGGUUUCAAGUAGCACACUGGAAAAGAAAAUUGAAGAUCUUGAAAAGGAAGUAGUAAGAGAAAGACAAGAAAACCUAAGACUUGUGAGAUUGAUGCAAGAUAAAGAGGAAAUGAUUGGAAAACUCAAAGAAGAAAUUGAUUUAUUAAAUAGAGACCUAGAUGACAUAGAAGAUGAAAAUGAACAGCUAAAGCAGGAAAAUAAAACUCUUUUGAAAGUUGUUGGUCAGCUGACCAGGUAGAAGAUUCAAGACUCAAUGUGGAAAAAAUAUUUUAAACUACUGAUUGAAUGUUAUGGUCAAUGCUAGCACAAUAUUCCUAUGCUGCAAUACAGUAAGAUAACUAAGCAUGCAUAUUUAUUUCUAGCAAACGUAUGUUUGUUUUCAAAAUACUUUUUCAUUAUUGGUUUUAAAAAAGCAUCAUCCUUUUAUCGCAAAUAAGUAAUAUCUUUCAGUUAUUAAAUGAUAGAUAAUGGCUUUUUGGUUUUGUGUGGUAUUCAGCUAAUACAUGGUUUAAAGUCACAGCCGUUUGAAUAUAUUUUAUCUUUGGUAGUACAUUUUCUCCCUUAGGAAUAUACAUAGUCUUUGUUUACAUGAGUUCAAAUACUUUUGGGAUGUUACCUACACAUGCCUUAUUACUGAUGUGUGCAACCUUUUAUGUGUUGAUGACUCACUCAUAAAGGUUUUUGUCUACUGUCAUUUUUUCCACUUAUUCUAAGCAUUUAGAGUAAUAGAGUCAUACUUUUGUAUAACAGCAACCUUUUAAAAAGAAAGCUCUUAUAAAGUCACUGUCAUGUUUUAGUUGACUAAAUAUAAAUUUAAGAGAAUACUUGAAUUGUGCUAUAGUAAAUAAAAAUUUACUAUUUUGUGUUUGA